GAAACUACUUCUUCCAUCGUAUGCUACAGUUUUGAGGGUGGACGUCAAAAAGCAUUCCGUCCUGCUGUCGCUUCAAUCCAGUCCGGAGAGUUUAAUGGAAUUACCACCAACAUGGCAGAUUUCGAUAAAAAGCAGGGCGAACGAACCAAGUCCUACAGGCCUGCUGUAGCUGCCCUUCAAAGCGGAGAAUUCGCAGGAACCACGACUAAUAGAGCAGAUUUUGAUGAAAAGAAGGUUAGAUUCCACGUUUUGCUUCUGAUAAAAUCACGUCUGAUGCUUCGAGGCUACGCGUAA